AGGCCUUUAAAGAAGAAAGUCCAGAAGUUUCUACCAAGCCCAGGAAAUUACCAGAAAGCCCUACAGGCUUCGUUGACCAAACAGAAGCGAUUGCGCACGAGAGUGCUAGAAUUCUCCCUGCUCCUUAUAAAGACCCCCUCCAGGCUCACGUUUAGAUCAUCAGAGACAAUUGUUCAAAGUUGAAGCAUCAGAUUCAUCAAUCAAUACUAUAUUCUCGCAUUCUUAGAAACAAUAUGUCGGUAAUUCCAAGCUUCUUUGGCAACCAACGCGGCAGUAUUUUCGAUCCUUUCUCUCUCGAUGUUUGGGAUCCAUUCAAGGACUUUUCUUCACUCUCCACUCGUUUCCCUCAAGAAACCUCUGCUUUUGUCAGCACCCGGAUAGACUGGAGGGAAACCCCGGAGGCUCACGUGUUCAAGGCUGAUCUUCCAGGGCUCAAGAAAGAGGAAGUGAAGGUGGAGAUCGAAGAUAACAGUGUGCUUCAAAUUAGCGGAGAGAGGAAUAUAGAGAAGGAAGACAAGAACGACACCUGGCAUCGUGUGGAACGUAGUAGUGGCAAAUUCUCCAGGAGGUUUAAGCUACCGGAGAACGUCAAAUUGGAGCAGAUUAAGGCUUCCAUGGAGAACGGGGUUCUGACUGUUACUGUUCCUAAAGUGGAAGUUAAGAAAGCAGACGUUAAGGCAAUUGAAAUCUCUGGUUGAAACACUGAAUAAUGUUGUGUUUGAGAAGAAUGCAAUGGAUUGUCUUGUCUUGUCUACAUAAAUUGUGUGCUUGUAAUGAAUUUCGCUUAGAAAUAAAAAUGUAAUAUCUUUGUUCUGAAUUAAGUAUAUAAUUAUAUCAUUGGAA